AUGGCGCCCAAGAACCGCAUUAUCAUUGAUACCGAUCCAGGUGUCGAUGAUGUCCUGGCACUGUUGCUGGCCCUCAGCGCCUCUCCCGAGGAGCUCGAGGUGGCCAUGAUUUCGGUCACAUACGGCAAUGUCCCGCUGCAAAGAUGCCUCCGCAAUGUCGUGGCCAUGUUUCACGUGCUGGAGAAGGAAAUGAAAUGGCGCGAGGCCAACGGCAAACCUACCUUUGGUGCCUUGAACGCUUACAAGCCUAUUGUUGCCGUUGGUGCUUCUCAUCCCCUGGAAGAUGAAGAGCUGGUGGCGGACCAUUUCCAUGGUGAGGAUGGGCUGCAUGGUGUUCACACAGCUCACCCUGACCUGAGCCCCGCGGAUACCUGGCGCACCCUUUUCGGUGACAAGGUGGAGGGAGCUACAGACUCUGAUGAGCCACCAUCAUUCUCCCGUUUCUUCACCCCUAGCAAGGGUCCUGCCCACGAGGAGAUCCUCCGCAUCUUGAGGGAAGAGCCAGAGGACACCAUCACAGUCGUUGCCGUUGGGCCACUCACCAACGUUGCCCUCGCAGCCGCCAAGGACCCUGAGACCUUCCUCCGCGUCAAGGAGCUUGUUGUGAUGGGAGGUGCUGUCAACACCAUCGGAAACGUGACUCCUGUGGCCGAGUUCAACUGCAUGGCCGAUGCUGUUGCCGCUGCCAGAGUUUACGCUCUCACGUCCAAGGUCCCCUCAUCGACGAUGCCACCAACAAUACACGGCAAGUCGGUCCUGGGUGCCUAUCCUGAGAAGUUGCCCCGUCAACUCAAGCUGAGCUUGUUCCCCUUGGAUAUCACUACUCCCCACGAGCUCCACAAGGAGACUUUCAACCAAAAGAUCCAGCCGUUGCUGAAGCAAGGCAGUCCCCUUGCCAAGUGGACUGAAACCUUUUUGAAUGGCACUUUUAACAAGAUUGACUCGAUGCUCGGCGAGGGUCACAACGAGGGCCUGUCCCUUCAUGACCCGCUGACCAUCUGGUACAUGCUGACGCGCGACCAUCCCCAGUGGACGACUGUGCCCAAGCCAGAAGACAUCCGAGUCGAGACCUGCGGCCAGUGGACAAGGGGCAUGCACGUCAUCGAUAACCGUGGGAGAGCCAAGCCGGCCGAGGUCGACAGCACAGUAGAGACACACCCCGAGGACCCAAUGGAUGCCGUCACGUUCGAUGAGGUUCCUGGUGACACGAUGGGCUGGCUCAGUCUGAGAAGGGGCAACAGAAUCAACAGGGUAGUGUCGUCGCCGGGCCAGGAUGCCUUUGCUGGUAUUUUGCUGGACAGAAUCUUUGCCUAG